GUGAAUUCCUAUUGUCAAACUAUACCAGUGUAAUAAUACCAAAAUAAAUUUAUCGCAAGCAUAUACUAACUGACGACUUAUAAUUUACUAACAAAAAAGUUAUCUUAAACGAGAACUAGCCAUGCAAAGUUUUACACGACAUCAUAGUCAUGCGACGUGUCUAAAAAUCCUCUUAUAUGUGUAUUGGAUAUGCUCAAGUUAUGUACAGUGUAUGCGAUAUAAUACUGUUUACCAAAAUGAUGAUGUGCCUUCUGUGUACAAAAUGCCAAAGAAACAUUCAAUGAAAUUAAAAGUGUUCAUCGAGUGUCGUCGUGACUGUUCAAACAAAUGUAAUCACAGUCUAUUCGUCUACUUGGCCAAUGAGAAUGAGUGUUACACUUGCUUAAUCGAGUGUAUGUCCGCGUUCACACAACAGGCGGAAAAAGUUGGCAUUCAGCUGAAGGAUAUAAAGAAGUCAACUGAUGUCAAUCUACUAUCAGAUAGUCUUUAUGCACCUGGGAAGAAAGUGAGACGGCGACAUCUACGCCAGGAUUUCAUCACACAAGACCAAUUUAGAAAAAGAACAGAGUAAAGAAUGAAAUGAUGGAUAAAUUUAGAUGCAUGGCGCUGAUAUCAUGAGAAUUAUCUAUAUUGAUGCACGAAACGACAAUUCGAUAAAUUAAUCAUAUUGCCAUCAUUAAUGAGCACUACCUUCACGAUCAAAUUAUAAAAUUCUCUCACUGAACCCAAUUUUGAUUUUGAUAAAAUGACUUCAAUUAUUAUAGAUAUUAUUGCUGAACUCUCAUACUGUUCUAAUCACACUGCCUUUUUAUCAGUUUCAACAGCUGUUAGUCAUCUUUUCCAUUAAAAAAAAGUUUUAUUUCCUCAACACACUUUAAAAAUAUCUGUCAUCAAAGCGUGGAUGAUACUUACAAAUUUUUACCUUUAAAAUGCAUCAAACUUUGUAAUACCCCCCUCUUAUAUUUUAUUUGAAAAAUAUGCAAAAUUGCAAUUUUUUGGUUGGUUUAUACGGUUAGAAGCCAGUCAAAAUCUAUUGUCAAUAAUAAUAUUUAUUUCUGAAUAUACAGG